GAUUCAGCUAUGGCUCCGGCGGAGGAUUCAGCUAUGUCUCGGCAGGCGGCGAAGCUGAUGCGAUCUCUUGCUCACAGGAUUUCCCCGCAGCAGAACUCGGCGUCCUCAUCGCUUUCCUCUUUGCUAUCGCAGUCUCGCCACUUCGGAUCGACGCCUCAACCCGCUGUGUUUGUUGACAAGAACACGCGUGUAAUUUGCCAGGGGAUUACCGGAAAGAACGGCACGUUUCACACCGAGCAGGCCAUCGAGUACGGAACCAAAAUGGUUGGUGGUGUGACGCCAAAAAAAGGGGGAACCGAACACUUAGGGCUUCCUGUCUUCAACUCAGUCGCAGAGGCGAAGGCUGAAACUAAGGCCAAUGCAUCAGUUAUUUAUGUUCCACCUCCGUUUGCUGCAGCAGCUAUUUUAGAAGCAAUGGAGGCUGAACUGGACCUUGUAGUGUGCAUUACUGAGGGAAUUCCUCAGCAUGAUAUGGUUCGAGUGAAAGCUGCUCUAAACAAGCAAUCAAAAACUCGACUUAUUGGACCAAACUGUCCUGGUAUUAUCAAACCUGGAGAAUGUAAGAUUGGAAUCAUGCCUGGUUAUAUCCAUAAGCCAGGACGUAUUGGAAUCGUUUCACGAUCGGGUACUUUGACCUAUGAAGCGGUUUUUCAAACAACUGCUGUUGGCUUGGGACAAUCAACCUGUGUUGGCAUUGGCGGUGAUCCCUUCAAUGGAACGAAUUUUGUCGAUUGUAUUAAAAGAUUUUUACCAGAUCCUCAGACCGAAGGUAUUGUUCUUAUUGGAGAAAUUGGAGGAACUGCCGAAGAAGAUGCCGCGGCUUUGAUAAAGGAAAGCAAGACGGAAAAACCUGUUGUUGCAUUCAUUGCCGGGCUUACUGCACCUCCAGGACGAAGAAUGGGCCAUGCCGGAGCUAUUGUGUCUGGUGGGAAGGGCACUGCCCAGGACAAGAUCAAAACUCUCAGAGAAGCAGGAGUAACAGUAGUUGAAUCCCCAGCCAAGAUAGGUGCAGCCAUGCUUGACAUUUUCAAGCAGCGUGGUCUUGCAGAUUAAGAGGCAUUUCCCAGUUAUGAAGUCGCCAUGAGAUCUUAUUUUUGGUCCAACCUGGUAAAAAUUAGACCGUUAUAUUUGUCUUUUCUUAGGCUUUUUCAAUGGUUUGAGAUUUUCAACCUGCUUGAGAAAUAAUUAAUAUUGAUACAAACAAUCAAAAACUGCUGUCUUUUGGUGCCAGAAGUCACUGAUUCUUUUUGACAUUUGUAAUCCUUUCCAUGAUUGAAUUGAUGGGUUCUUAACCCCUCUUUAUGUCUUCUGCUUUUGUCAAUCUUUAUUAGCA